GAGCUGCUGAAGCUCCACUCAGCGCAAGGCAUGCCGGGACACUGCGGAGCUCAACCACCGUCACCAAGGCAACCAGUGCGCACGCGGUGGUCAUGGAGACAGGCCGGCGACUCAGAGCCUAGCUGAGGGGCUGCCUUCGUCCUGGCAGGGCAAGAUGCUUCGAGGAGGCUAUAAGGCCUCUGAAAGGCGAAGACACUUGAGCGACCGCCUCAGCCGGCGACAAGACCAGGCGCUGAGCAGCAGUAUCUACCUCCUACGCGAAAUGGGCCCCACUGCCUUCCUGCUGAGGGAGGAGGAGCCGGAAAACAAGGAUUUCCGAGUUUCUCUAGGAAAUCCUCAUGUUUGUAACUGUUCUGUGUUUCUGAAAGGAGGGGAACUUUGUAAACAUAUAUGCUGGGUCUUGUUGAAAAAAUUCAAGCUUCCGAGGAAUCAUGAAUCUGCUUUGCAGUUAGGUCUUGUGGAAGGAGAAAUCAGCAACUUGCUUCGGGGGAUUCCUCAAGUUCAAACUCCCCAACAAGGAACGAAUGAUGAAAAUGCACAAAUUGAAGAAGAUGGCUACAUUAAACAGAAGGAAAUUGGUUCUGAUGAUAUCUGCUCUAUUUGUCAAGAAGUGCUUUUGGAGAAAAAGCUUCCUGUCACCUUCUGCAGACUUGGCUGUGGCAAUAAUGUUCAUAUAAAAUGCAUGAAGAUCUUAGCUAAUUUUCAGGAUAUGACAUCGAACAAUUCCAUGUUGAAAUGUCCUCUGUGUAGAGAGUUUGCACCAUUAAAACUUAUUUUAGAGGAAUUCAAAAACUCUAGCAGACUUGUGACUGCAGCUGAGAAAGAGCGACUAGACAAACACCUUGGAAUUCCCUGUAAUAACUGUCAACAGUUUCCAAUUGAGGGCAAGUGUUAUAAGUGUACCGAAUGUAUAGAAUAUCACUUAUGCCAGGAAUGUUUUGAUAGCAGCUGCCAUCUUUCUCACUCAUUUAUAUUUCGUGAGAAGAGAAAUCAAAGAUGGAGGUCACUAGAAAAAACAUCAGCUGAAACUGUAAAAUAUGUAGAUAUUAAAACGGAGAUAGAAGGAAAGAUGCCACAUUUUCAAGAAAAGCAAGGCCAAGUCUAUACACCAAAACACGUGGUCAAGUCACUGCCUCUCUUAUUGAUCACAAAGAAUAGUAAGCUACUGGCUCCAGGCUACCAGUGUCGACUUUGUUUGAAGGCAUUUCACCUUGGUCAACAUACAAGAUUGCUACCAUGUACUCACAAGUUUCAUAGGAAAUGUAUUGACAGUUGGUUAUUCCACCAAUGCAAUUCAUGCCCUAUUGAUGGACAAGUUAUAUAUAAUCCUUUAAUCUGGAAAGAUACAGCAGUGAAUGGACAUGCUCAUCAGUCUGUUUCAAACACAGACAUCCCUCAUCUGUCAAAACAGGAAGAACUUUUUAUUCCUGGUACUGGAUUAGUCUUAAAACAAAAUAGACUUGGAAUUUUACCUAGUAUACCUCAAUGUAAUUCUGAAAAACUGAAUACAACUCAAAGUCCAACAGAUACUUAUCAGAAUAUAACAAUAGAUGACCUAUAUUCUAUCAAAUUAGAUGAUUCAAAUUCAAGAAAAUCAACCUAUGACUAUAAAGUUAGCCAGCAUUUCCCCAGAUAUCUCCAUGAUUUACCCACUGGAUCCUAUGGGAAAAUGUCAUCUCAAACAUUUUUUCCUUCUGUUCAUCACAAGAGGCUUACAUGUCUGACUGGAAUGGAAAACCCAUGUAUCAGUAAAACACACCACACUGGUCAAAGCCAGAAGAUGAGCAAAGACUGUAAAUGUAUUGUCCAUAAUUCAAAGAAGAUUCUUGGUACUGAAAUAAAGAAAGACAACAGGAGAUCCAGUACCUUACUUCCAGAUGAUUUAAAUCUAACUGUCAAUGGGGGUAAAACUAAUCUUAGUUUGUCUAAGAGGUAUAAUCAUUGUAUAGGGAAAAUUAGACCAAAAUGUAGUCAUUUAUCCAGAAGGCCUAUAUCUUACCCUUUAAAAACAAAAAGUACUGAGCUAUCUCUAAUAUUGGAAGGAGUUCAGUUAUGA